AUGGUGCAGCAUGCAGCAGAUCCACUCGUUUUUCUACAAAUGAAGCCACACACCCCUCGUGGUCCGACCAUCACACUCAGCAGAGGUAGCAGCACACUGCAAAUGGGGAGCAUCCCGGAGGUGCCGACGAGCGCGCUGCUGCCGACCAUGCCGCGCAUCGGCAUGGGCACGGCGGCGUUCCCCUUCACGUCCUCGGAGGAGACCACGGCGGCGCUGCUCCGCGCCAUCGAGCUCGGCUACCGCCACUUCGACACGGCCAGGCUAUACGCCACCGAGGGCUGCGUCGGCGCGGCCGUGACCGAGGCCGUCCGGCGCGGCCUCAUCGCCUCCCGCGCCGACGUGUUCGUCACCUCCAAGCUCUGGUGCAGCGACGCCCACGCCGGCCGCGUGGUGCCAGCGGCGAGGGAGACGCUCCGCAACCUCGGGAUGGAGUACGUCGACCUGUUCCUCGUGCACUGGCCGGCGAGCGUGAUGCCCGGGAAGUACGAGUUCCCGUUCCCCAAGGAGGAGAUGGCGCCGUCGUUCGACAUGGAGGGCGUGUGGCGUGGCAUGGAGGAGUGCCAUCGUCUCGGCCUCGCUCGCGCCAUCGGCGUCAGCAACUUCUCCGCCGAGAAGCUGGAGCAGCUGCUGUCGCUCGCCGCCGUGCGGCCGGCGGUGAACCAGGUGGAGAUGAACCCGAUGUGGCAGCAGAGGAAGCUGCGGGAGGUGUGCCGGCGGGAGGGCGUGCAGCUGUGCGGGUACUCGCCGCUGGGAGCGAAGGGCACGCCGUGGGGCAGCCCGGCGGUGAUGGACUCCGACGUCCUCCAUCAGAUCGCCGGAUCCAAAGGCAAGACGCUUGCUCAGGAGCUUGUCUCCGAGCAUCCAAACGAUUUGCUUGAGAUGGAUGUACGAGCAGGGUGAUGUUCUGUUGGUGAAGACAUACAACGAGAAGAGGAUGAAGGAGAAUCUUGAGAUAUUUGAGUGGGAGCUGAGUGAGCAAGAGAGGGAGAAGAUC